UGCUGUGCAAGAGAUAGAAUGGAAAUGAAUUGCUGAAAAUGGGCGCAGUGUUAGAGCUUGAAUCGUUCGCAAUUUUCUUGAUGAUAAGGUUUGAAUUGCUGUUACGUUUCGUUUGACUGCGUUUAUAAGCUCGGAUGACGCCUGGGUCGUCACUUAGCGCCCGCAUCUUAUAAUUGACGCCCGGUACAGCACUCUAUGGUGGCGGCGCGGUGACCCAAGAUGGACCACCAGUUCUCCAACAUCCUGCGCGGCACGCGCCAGUUUUUCCAGGGCGUGCCGACGUCGAGCGCCGACUCGUCGGCGGCCGGUGCCGCCGGCUGGCCGUACCAGCUGUUCCCCGGCGUCGGCUCCGGCAGCAUCACGCGCGGCACGUCGGACGGCGGCGAGCGGGCCGCCGCCGCCGCCGCCGCCGGCUGGCCGCCCGCCUACCAGCGCGGCCCGGAGCGGCCCGAGCGCGCCGGCGCCGCCGCUCUGCGGCAGCGCUCGCCGCUGGAGCCGCGCGGCCCGACCGGCGGCCCGCUCCAGACGGGACAGCGCGCCCCGUGGCCGGCCGCCGACGGCCUGUACGCCGCUCACCCGGCGGCGGCCCCGCAGGCCGGCGGCGGGCACCUCGGCGACCUGCUGGACUACUACGGCCGACAGCAGCUGACGACGGCAGCCGCGUCCCGGAGCGGUGACCCGCAGCCAGCGGCGCAGCCGGCCGCUCAGUCGGCCUACCAGCCCGCCGCCACCCUCCAGUCGACCUACCAGCCCGCCGCCACCCUCCAGUCGACCUACCCGUCCCCAGCGCCCAGGGAGCAGCAGAGACUCGUCUACAACCACGGCUCGGCGCCGGGCGCAGCCUAUUCCGGAGCGGGGCUGGCUGUUUCGGGGGACGGACAGCUGCUGGACCUGCGGCCGGGCAGCGCCGCGCCGCCGCCGCCGCCGGCCGACACCGGACAGCCCCGCAAACGGCUGUCCACGGAGGUGCUGGACCUGAGCGUGCGCCGCGGCGCCGAGGAGCGGCCGCGCAGCGUGAUGCCGACCCUGCCCAGCCAGAGCGUGGCGCGGCAGCAGCGCGAGCCGCGGCCCGAGUCGGUGCCGCCGCCGGCGCGCGCCCCGCUCGACACGCUUAACAGUCCGCCGGCGUCCCGGCCGGCCUCGCAGGCGGCCGCGGCGCCGCCCCAGUGCCGCUCGGACGGCUUCCGGUCGCCGGCUGACGCGACCACGGCCGCCGCGGCACCGCUCAACUUUUCACCGAGAGCCAGUCCGACGGCGUACCAGCCGCCGGGCGGAGUGCCGAUACGGAUCAGCCCCUCGCCGCAGCAGCCGCCGCCGCGGGCCAGCCCGGCUUCUCAGCAGUUCUACGGCGGUGCUCCGCAGCGGCCCGAGCAGCCUCGGCAGGAGCGACCAGCGGCCUCUCGUCCCGACCAUCCUCCGGGCCACCCGGCGACGUCCAGGCCGGACCAGGCUCAGAGCUAUCCGGCGACCAGGCCGGACCAGCCCCCGGGCCACCCAUCGACCAGGCCGGACCACCCGCCGGGCCACCCCGCGUCAAGGUCUGACCUGCCGCGUCAGGAGAAGCAGCCGAACGCACCGGGCCGGCCGGCCUACGGUGGCCCGAUGUCUGCGGAGCCGGCGCCCCGGUUUGGUCCGCCGCCGCCGGCGGGACCGGGUCAGUGUCCGCAGCCGGGCCGGCCGCCCGGCUCUGCACUGCCGCAGCCGGGCCGGCCGGGCUACCCAGCGCCAUACCCGCACAGAAUGCCGGCACCGCACCACCACCAGCAGCCGCAGCAGCCUGGGCAGAAGGGACACCCGCAGCGGCACCAGCAGCAGCGGCCGCCGGCACCGCCGCACCAACACCAGCAGCCAGACCAGUAUCAGCGGCACGGCCAGAUGGGUCAACAGCUGCACCCAGCAAUGCGGUCCGGACAGCCUCCCUCGCAGCAGCAGCAGCAGCAACAACAACAACACCACCAGCAGCAGCUGCAACAGCACAUCAGCACAGCAGCACGCCACCCGGGACCGCCGCGGCCGCCGCACGGAUGGUCGCCGGUGAACGGCGCGGCGCCCCGGUCCGGCCAGCCGCCGGCGCCGGCGGUCGGACCGUUCGCGCGGCCCGUCCAGCCCAGCCGUCCAGCUCCGCGGCCGCUGCCCACUCCCUGGGGUCCGCAGAACGGUCCGCUGACCUCCCAGUCGGGCCCGGCCGGCGGCAAACGGCCGCCGGACCCGUCCCUCGACCGGCCGAGCAAGGCAGCGCGGCGCGACUCGUCCGAGGGCCGGCCGCGCCACCGGCAGCCCUCGGAGGACCUGGCCGAGGCCAGCAGCCUGGAGGAGCUGCUGCGGAACGGCCUGAACGGCGGCACGGCCGGCCACUCGCCGCAGGACCUGGCGCUGCUCUUCCCAAACAUGAAGGCGGCCACGUCGCCCGAGAAACACGUGCAGCCGCUGCCGCCGCCGGCGCCGGCAGCGCGCUCCCUCGCCUGUGCCGGAGAGCUGGAUAUCUACAACAGCGUGACCAGCUUCAUCAACGAGUCGGUGGCGGCGCCGAUAGACUCUCUGGGGCAGGCGCGGCCACCGUCAACAGCGCGGCCGGACGUACAGGGGCAGGCGCGGCCGCCAGACGGACUGGGACAGGCCCGACCGCCAACGGCGCCGGUAGACGCGAUGGGACAGGCGCGGCCAGCUCCGGCAGCGCCAGUAAACGCAAUGGGGCAGGCGCGGCCGCCGGCUGGCCCGCUAGGCCAGUCCCGGCCGCCAGCUGACUUGCUAGGCCAGGCCCGGGCAGACCCGCUGGGCCAAUCCCGGCCGCCGGCUGGCCCGCUAGGCCAGUCCAGGCCGCCGGCUGACUUGCUAGGCCAGGCCCGGCCGCCCGAGCCGCGGAAGGUAGCGCGCCGUCCGUCCACGGGCUCGGUGUCGCCGCGCGGUGGCCGGACGCCGCCGUCACUGCACGUGGCCGGCGCGCCGGUGGAGUUCCGUCGCGCCCAGGGCCCGUUCAUGACGCCCGAGCAGGAGCGCUGUCUGGAGGGCCAGCUGUCGCGCUACGAGCGGCAGAUCCGCCAGGUGCCCAGCAGCCAGUCGGCGGCCGCCGCCGUCCGCGUCCGCACCAAGGCCGAGAUGAAGUCACCCUCGGCGUCAGCGCCGCCGCCGCCGCCGCCGCCGGUCCGCCAGUCGACGUCGACAGAGUCCAACAAGUCGGUGUUCGACUUUGACAGCGGCUCGGACGGCGAGGUGCCCGUGCUGUCGCACAAGGUGUCAGCGCGCGCCAAGGUGGAGCCGCCGCCCGAGCGGCCGCUCGUCGACGUGUUCGGGGACGGCCUGGACAGCGACUUCUGGGGCAGUGUGUGCAACUCGCUGGCCGAAAACAUCGAGUCCAACCAGAAGCUGGUCAAGAGCAAGCGGGUGACGCGCACCAAGAUCGUCAGCAAAUUCCAGGAGGUGACCAGCGGGAAGGCGGAGCCGGCAGAGGAGCCGGAGCCCGAGACGCUGGAGCCGCCGCCGCCCAAGGCGCCCUCCCCGCAGCCAGUCGUCAAAACGGAACCGGACGCCGAGGAAAAUCAGACCACGGCGAACUCGGCGCCACAGAGCACGAGCAACGGAGUCACUCCGCCGGUGUCGAAGGCUAAAGUCGAGCCCAAACCGGAGAAGAGCGGCAGUGAGUUCGAGCUCUCUCAGUCGGGCGACGAAUCCAAGAGCUCCUCCGACUCCUCCGAGUCGCAGGACUCGAGCGAGAGCAGUGACGAGUCGGAGGUGCCGCGCCGCCCCGGCCGGCGCGCCGUCCAGUCGUCGGACAGUGACAGCGGCGCGGGCGACGCUCGGCGGCCGGCGCGGCGCCGGGGUCGGCGUGCCGUGUCCAGUGACAGCAGCGACAGCGAGCCGCGGCCGGCGCGCCGUCCGCUGCGCCGCCGCCGCCCCCUGCAGCAGUCGGACAGCAGCCAGAGCAGCGACAGCGACGCGCCGUCCGAGCGCCGGCUGAGGACCCGCCGCGCCGGCCGGCCCGAGCGGCGCGUGACGCGCAGCGCCGGCUCGCGCCGCAGGGACGGCCGCACGCGCUCGCGGCGCGCCGCCAAACGGCUGGUGUUUGAGGAUGGACUGCCGGCGCCCACCAGGCGGAAACGAAAGGAGGACGUCGAGUCAGACUCGAACGGCUCGGCGAGCGGCACGGACGCGCCGCGCACCAGGAACUCGAGCAGGGCCAAGCACAACAACGAAAAGGACUCGGACGACGGCCGCGGAGGUCGCCGGAAACUGCGCCGGCGGAAGGCGGUCGGCGCGCGGACGGACUCGGCAGACAGUGCGGACGGUGGGGCGGGGGACGCCGCCCGUGAUUCAACCAGGACGCUUCGGCUCAGGGAUGGCUCUAACGCCAGUGAGAAGGGCUCACGGGAUGGCUCGGUGGCGCGGGGCGCGCGCGCGGGCCGAACUGGGAAGGCGGGCGCGAGUGCAACGAAAGCGGUCAAGCCGGCGCGGAGCUCGGAGGACGAGGCCGGUGACGGGUCCAGGGCCAAGUGCAGUGUGUCCGAGUCGGAGGCGGUCGCCGACAGUGUACAAAAGCCGCCGCCGGCGGCGCCAUCAGCCGGCGGUGACGGGGACGCGAAGCGGGACGGCGGCGCCGCCGGCUCCAGCGGCAGUGGCUCACGGAGGAGAGACUCGGCCGAGUCGCGGACAAUACCGUCCAUCCUGGACGUGCUCCUGCCGCCGCACGAGGAGCGUGACGAGCUCGACAUCAUCCACCACUAUCCGGAGGACUACCGAGAGGUGCUCGAGCGGGUGGCCGAGGUGCUGACUCGCCAGCGGCCGCGCGCGCGCUUCGCUCGGGAGCGUUUCUCGGCCUCUGCCGUGGCGGACGCCUGGGCUGAGGGCUGGCAGGAACGCUUCUUCGCCUGGAAGACGGGUAUUUGUCGAGUGCCGCCGCGGCUCGUGCCCAAGCUGCAGCGGAAGUCGGUGCCCGCCGAGGCGCCCGGCACGCCGACGCGCAAGGGCACGCCGCGCAAGGAGGCGCGGUCGACGCCGACGCCGGCGCGCACUCCGAGUCGAGCCGAGGCGGCGCCGACCGCCGACAGGAAGAAUUCGGCGCGCUUCAGUCAGGAGGAGGGCGGACGCCGCGAGCGGCACAGGUCCGCCUCUCAGAAGAGCGUCGACCUCAUCUGCGCCAAGGUGAUGGCCUCCAGCGGUGAGGACGCGCCCGCCCCGCCCAGCCAGCGGUUCGUGCUGCGCGCGCAGCGCAAAACGCGCGUCGACAUCAUCGAGGCCCGUCUGCUGGCGGCGGUGAACAAGCAGCUGCCGGGCGGCGGCGGUGACCGCUCACCGGCCACCACCAACGGGCCCUCAGCGGCGCCCGAGCCCAUCGUCAACUCGCUGGUGAAGAAGUACAAGAGCAUCACGGAUCGUCAGGUGGAGCGGCGGAUGGGCGCGCUGUACAGCCGGCGCAGCGAGGUGCUGCACUACGCGGCGCCCUCGCUGCUGGACACGCCGCGGCCAGGCCAGCAGCCGGUGCCGGCGGCGCUGCUCUUCCCUCGCGCCACCGUCGAGCGGUUCGCGCGCGAGCUGGCCGACUCGCCGCUGGCGGACGGCGCCGCGCCGGCCGUGGUGCUCGACUCGCGCACGCGCGGCGCGCGCGCCCAGAUCACCGAGAAGGAGCUGCUGCACCAGGUGUUCGGCGUGUCGCUGGACGAGAUCAGCCAGUCGCUCGAGACGCCGCCGGCCAGCGUGGUGCCGGCGCGCGGCCGCCGCGUCAAGAAGCGGCGCACCAAGAACCGCUCCGGCUUCGACUUCAUGCUAAAGAAGAAGCGGAAGAAGGAGACGGACACGGACUCCGUGGUGCCGCGCAACAAGAAGCUCCGUCCGGUGUGCGGUCCUCGGAUGGGUGCCGACCCGACCCGCUCGCCCGAGCUGGCCGCCGAGAUCCGCUCCUGGGUGCUCAACAAGAGCGCUGGCGAGACGGCCCUGCUGCGCGCCGCCAAACUGGGCUACCUGGACGCCGUCAUCUACCUGCUGGAGACGGGCGAGGACGCCACCGACUGCCGCGACAACGCCUCCUUCACGCCGCUGCACGAGGCGUGCGCGCGCGGUCACCUGGACGUUGCCAAGACGCUACUGCUCUACGGAGCGGACGUCAACGUCAGCGCCAGGGGCGGCGUCAGGCCGCUGCACGAGGCUGUGGAGAACAACCACCCGGAGCUGGUGCGACUGCUGCUGGCGUACGGCUCCGACCCGCGGCUACCCACCUACGCAGGCAUCAGCCCGCUGGAGCAGUGCGCCAACAUGCCGGUGAUGAAGCGCCUGCUGCACGGACAUGUGGAGGACCUGGAGGGAUCGACCGGCUCCGGCUGGCACUUUGUCGCCUGCCAGGCGCUCGAGCCGUGGCCGAGCGGUAUGUUGCUCUCGGAUGGCGCUCCCGCCUUCACCCCGCGCGCGGACGACGCCAACCUGACGUUUGACAUGGCCGAAGCGGCGCUGCCUGCCAUCUAUCGGCGGCUGAACGACUCUCAGCCGGCGCCGGCCGUCCGCUACGUGACGCUGUCAGCGCUGGCCGCCCACCUGGCCUGCUCGGAGGAGGCCGUGCUGCGCGAGCGGCCCGAGCUGCAGCUGCUCGAGGUCGGCUCGCCGGAGGACGCCGCCGAGCUGGUCUGCCAGACGGUGGCCGGCUGGGCGCUGCGGCCGGCCGACGGACCGGCGCGCCUGGUCCGACUCGACCGCGACGUGGAGAUGCUGCUCCGCCGGGAGCGGUUCAACAUGACGUGCUAGCGCCGCGCCGGCCGGCCCCUCGGUGAUACUGUGUGUGACGGGGGCGGGGUGCGCGCGCCCGGCCCCGCCCCAAUUCAGCUGUACCCGCUGUGACGCGCCGCGGCCGCCGGCCACAGGCAGGCUUUACCCAUAUAUAUGAUUAUUUGUUUUACUCGUCGGCCGCUGAUCAUGUUUUCCGUUGAGUUUGCGUAAUUUAUUCAAUCGGCUCGAUGGUGGGUGCGGGCGCCGUCCGCUGUCCCGCGGUGUGUGAUGACGCUAUUCGGACCGUGUCUGUGUGUGUCUGAGUUGGUGACGCGCCGCGCUGGCGGCCAGUGACGGCGAGGGGCGCGGCGGCCGGCCAGCCGCUCCGAGCCGGGCGCGCCGCCAGAGACGCCCGCCCGGCGGUCUUUCACUGCGGCUGGUCGGCCGGCCCGCGCGGCUGUGCAGCCCGCCGCCGGCCCAGGUCUGUGUGCGUGCCUGUCUGUUAUCCACAACAUAUAUUCUACAGAGUACAAAGUGGGCGGCGUCGGUGGCCAGUGGACGCGGGCUGGACAAUCCCUGGCGAUGUGAGGGGACGCGGGCUGUUUUGUAGAUACCGCACGGACCGCCUGUAUAAAUACACGCACGCACGCACGGAGUG